AUGGCAGCAGCACGAAAGCUGGUGCUCCAUUUUGACGUGAAUGAAACCAUAAUGGUUGGAGAUCCAGCGUCCGGUGUUGAUUUUGAAUCUUCACUUAACCACAUACUGGCCAAGGUCGCUUUUCUUGACAAAGAUAACAAGGAUUUCUGGCACGAUGGAACUCCAUUGGAUCUUGCAAAACGAAAAGACGGUGAGAUUCCGCCCUUGUUGACCAACUUUGAUGCGGAAACUGGGCCAGUCCUGAAGUGCUACGAGGCAAACCGGAAGAAUGCCUUGUGGCCACCAUCAAAAUUCACUGACCCUGGCCUGCCAGGAGAGAUUUAUCGCCCGCUCUUUGAGGAAUUGAAGCAACAGUUGCAGUGGAAGGCUUCAAAGAACGAAGUCUUUGCUCCAGAUGGCCAUCAUUUUUUGCUGCCUGCGUUCUUCCAUACUCUCGCAGAGUUAGAAAAGCAAGGCAGAGAUUUUACCUUGGUAAUUAGGACCUUCGGGACAGAUUUGCCGGAAGUCGCUCGGUGCUUGCAAGCCUUUGCCCGAGGAGAACAUCCAGAUUUUCCGCAGAAGUUUGAGCGCUUUGGCUUAGCUUUGGAGGAUGCGCUGUGGGUUUUACGUCGGGAGGACCGCUCCGAUGUCCAGAGCCCAAUCUACUUGCGGCGUUAUGAGGAGCAUUUGGGGAAGGAAGGCUUAGGCCAAGACAUGUCUGCACCUGACCGCGUGAGCUAUACUGACGAGCUUGGCCCUGAUGAGAAGGUGGUUGAUUUCAUCGCACCCAAGCCUGUGCUUGCCAUCAGAGAUGACUACCAUCACUGGCGCAAGAUGCGAUAUGUACCAGAGUCCGGAAAGCCGCUGUGGAUUUCAUUAGAUGAUGAUGUGCAGCACAUUUUCUUUGACGACAAUAUUCACAACAAGGCCCAUGACUCCAUUGUGGCUGUUCGGGCUCGCAAGUCUUCGAGUGAACCGUUUCGAGCUGUCUCCGGGGAGGUGACAAGGUUGCUCGAAGGAGUGCUACUUGUAAAGGCGCAUCCAGUGGAGGCAAUCCGCGACAAGGAUUAUUUCUUGCGUGAAAUCCAACGAUGUGAGGAGAAGUUCGAGCUGAUGUCGAAGCAUGGUAGCCUGCGAGGGCUCUUGCAACCUGCCUAG